CGGGAAAAAGUUAAUAAAAAUAAUAACUUGUACAUUUUUAAGUUCAUGAAAUGGUUUUGUAAAGCUUGAGUAUAAAAUACUAGUGAAAUUUGGAAGACACUAAUAAAAAACAGAAUGUGAAAUUUUUGCUUGCGGCAAAGUGUGUUGAAAAAUCAAUAAUUCUCAGACGGUCUUUUAAUCCAAUAGUCUGAAAAAUGGUGCGAAUAACUGAUCCAAUGAAAUAUGGAGAUCAUUUUUAUGAAUUGUACACUAACAAUACCCGCAGAAAAAUACAAAAUGAUCGCAAAACAUUAGCUAAACGCAAAACCAAGGAUAAAAAGGCAGCAGCACUCGCUGUAGCUGCCGCAGUCUUAGAAGGAAAUGCAGGUUCUAUCGUUAAUCCAAUGGAUCCACCAAUUAUCAAGGAUCAAUUGCUGUUUCCGUUUUUUCCUAUGGCACAAAUCGAGCUCGAGGCAAAUGCUUCGAAGUUUGCUGUAUUCUCUGCUAUACGAUCAAUUGUGCUUGAAGUGGAAACCAAGUACGCACUAUUCCAAGAUGUUAAUUUUAUGAAAAAAUUACCAAACAUAAUGUCAUCAUGCUGCCUUUUAUGUGCCAGUACAUGCCUGAUAAGUAAUUUGGUGGAUUGCUCUUGUCACUCGGUAAACGCAGCAUCAGGUGCAUUGGAAAAACGUGCUCGUCGUGAUUCAGCCAACAGCGAUGCGGAUACUGAUACAGAUGACGCCACUGAAAAAGUAAUAUCAGAAAUAGUACGUGUGCCUUUGAUAGUUGGUGCAGGCUUACGAAGUCUAUUUGAGUUGAUAUCGGAAGCGCGUCAUAUACAACCAACAUUGUGUACGAAAGCAUUAAAAGCAUUGUUAGAUGUUUUACAAGGACAGCAAUUAGAGUCGUUUAAAUCGGAGCCUGAGGACCUUAUUAACCCUUUGUAUGAUCUUCUACUUGAGUUGGCUACUAUGUCAAUAUCAACGUCAACAAACGUUAUUGAAUCCAAUUGGUCAGCAAUGGCUUGUGCUGCUUUAAUUGGGCUUUGCAUUGCGCGAGGAGACACCGGUAAAAUUUUAAAAGCUAUCGCUGCAAUGUUGAUGUCACCCAAGCAGCUAUCCGCGCAAAUAAUACAAUUGCCAGCAGUGUUGUCAGCGCUGCAGCGGACAGUGGUGUGUGCUGCUCUUAAUAAACCCACUAGACCUGACUUUCAUAUUCAAGGAGUACCGCAUAAUUCGCUUAUCGAUGAGUUUAUACUGGAAAGCUCCACUGGAGCUUUGGGAUCGAUUUUUACACAACCAACUAUGGCUUCAGAUGGAACUUAUAUUUAUUUAUUGUUAGGCAGUUGUUUACUUAAAAUAGGAACAGGCUUUAGCGGGUCCUAUAAGGGAUAUAUUUAUGCCAAGAAUAAAGACUUUACAAAAGAAAAAUGUGGCUGGUUGGGAUUUUUUGGUGGUAAUCUGUACUUUCGCCGGAGUUCAAAACGGAACGUUGAUCCUUUACACUUAGUCAAUACUGAGACACUUUGUAUAAAAGGCAAAAAUCUGUUAAACACCAUACCUAUACGCGAAGGAUAUAAUUAUGUGCUUUUUACUGAUGAUGACUCCCUCAAUGCUAUCUGCACAAAUCGUGAUGAUACACUUGUUGUGAAAAAGCUUAACAUUUGUCAUAAUAAUUAUGGACAUGAUACGCUUCCGUUUGAGUUGCCAUUGAAAUUAGCCCGAAAAAAAUUUCGUACGCUUGGCUAUGCAGCCUUCGAGGAUGAAGUUUUAAAUCAAAACCAAAUACUAAAAAUUCAAUCCUCAUUUAAUGUAUUCGAACCAAAGUUACCGCUUGAUGUUGAGGCUCAAGGUAUAGCUUGUGGAAAGGAAUUUGGUAUAGUUCGUGCAUCCAACAAUAAGAUCUACUACUACGGAAAAGCAUCAGCUUUGGGCUUAAAGUCUGUUGGGCGCACACCAACUAUGAAGAUGACAGAACUAAUAAUAUCCAAAGUAUCCAAUAUUGAGCAGGUAGCUGUUGGUCAUGAUGGCAUACAUGCGUUAUUGGUUAAUGAUGAUGGUACUGUAUAUUUUGCAGGAACUGCACGUAGAGGAGAAGAUGGCGAUUCUUCCAAAAAUCGUCGGCAACCAAAAGCAGUGAAACCUAAGAAAAUGUCUAAAAUUGAUGGACACGUGAUCGUACAAGCAGCUUGUAAUAACGGCACGUCUGCUUUUGUGACUAAAACAGGAAAACUCAUCAUGUUUGGCAAGGACACUGCACACUGUGACACUGUUGGCUUUGUUACCGAUUUUAUAGAUCAACAGAUAACAAAAGUUGCGCUAGGAAAAGCGCAUUGCGUUGCGCUUAAUUCGAAAGGACAAAUUUUCACAUUCGGUUUAAAUAACAAAGGACAAUGUGGACGUGUUUUUCUCAAAUCGAAAGAAGCUAGCACCAAUUUAGUUUCUGGUACUAAUGUUGUAAAUGACAGCAAGGCCCUAAAUAUUUGCAAAAAACUAAAGUUUGAUUUUUCGUGCCUGUGCGACUAUGAUGAUCAUAGUUUGGUGCAAGGACAAUGUCGGGUAUGUGUGCUUUGCCGCGAAUGUACAGGGUACAAUGUUUCAUGUGUAUCGGCCUUGAAUGUACCGAUUGAUGAACGUCUAGCUGGAGCAAUUUGUCCUUGUGGACACGGUGAUGCCGGUUGCUCCAAAUGUGGUAUAUGCUCAGUAUGCAUAUCUGUACAAGAAGUUGAAAAUGCUGAUAUUAAGGACUCAAAGGUAUCCCAAAGUGAACUGAACCGUCAACGUUCAAAAAGUCUUAUUAUGCGUCGUAAGGAGAAAAAAUUAAAUGAAGAUAAUAAUGCUUCAACUGAACUGGAUAAAGAUCCUCCUCGUGUCGCACCUCUAGCGCCACAGAUGUUAAUCUUACCUACUAACUCACCGGUGGUGCAAAUAUCAUGCGGUUUACAUCAUACAGUAGUGCUUACUCUCGCCGGUGAAGUUUUCACGUUCGGAAGCAAUCAGUACGGACAGCUUGGUACUGGUGAUCUUCAACCCAUAGGCGGUCCUGUGAAAGUAAAUUUACAGGGUGCAAUAAGUCAAGUAGCUGCUGGUAGCAAUCAUACGGUUUUACUUACAUACAAAGGUAUGGUUUACACAUUUGGUCAAUAUACGAAAGGUCAGUUGGGCAGAUUACCAAAUGAUUACCAACAUAAAUCUAUAAACGAUGAUGUGUUUUCAUCUAAAUCGGGGGACCAAAAUAAUGGCGUUUUAUCUAAAGACUCGGCUAUAAGCAAUCUGUUAGCGCAACGACAAAAGUUUAUGUGGCACUGUAUACCGGCACUUGUUUUUGGUCUAGGACCAAGUUAUGGAAAGAAAGCUACCUGGAUUGCUGCCAGUGGAGAUCAAACGUUUAUUAAAAUUGAUGAAUCACUUAUAACUACACAAAUGUUGCCUAAAGUAAAUGUUGUCGCAAAUAAAAAAACAAUAUUGCUCAUACCUACAAUUCCUUUGACGUUCCACACACUUUCAAUUAAUAGACGUGACGGUACUUGUACUGCACAUUAUCGCAAUCAAGUGAACUUUGUGCAGGUUAUACAAAGCAACAAGUUGGUUUCUUUUCCUGAAAUCAACCAAAAUUUCACAGGUGCUCCUUCUCCUAUUGGUGCUGGCAUACCCUCGGCAGGACCUAUUAAUGAACAAAUGUCACGUAGUAUGCAUGAAGCACGCAAUCAAAUCUUUGAUCUGCAAGAAAAUCAGUAUUACAACGAUCAGCAACGAAGAAGACAACGUCGGCAGGAACAUUUAAAGAGUCCUGCAGAUGGUAGUAGUGGCAGUGGUGGCACCAUAGAAAAACCCCAACCACAGAUUGCUUUUGCCCUGGAUCCUUACUAUAAUGUGUUGUGGGUAUAUGAUGGCGGAGCUAAGAAGGUGCAGUGCUAUAAUGUAUUAGCCAGUGAAAUAUCAAAGAAUGGAAUCAAUUUUUCAAAUUAUCGGGCAAUAUUAUCUCCUGAAUUGGCUUUGCCAAAUAAGGUAAAUGCACGCGUUUCUCGGUCACAAGCUUCGCUUAAUUUGUUAUCCUGUUUAGAUGUUCUUACUUCGGCACAAGAUGCUAUUCCAAAUUGCUUCGAAGAGUCUGUUCCUAAGCAGCAAAAUCUUAUAAAGGAAGCACAGAAUAACGAAUAUCAGAUUGUGAAUAGAUUUGAGAACUUCGGGGGCGGUUGGGGAUAUUCUGGUCAUAGCGUUGAAGCCAUACGUUUUUCAGCUGAUACCGAUAUUAUGAUUUGCGGAUUUGGUAUGUAUGGUGGCCGUGGUGAAUACACGUGUAAACUUAAACUGUUUGACUUGGGUGUUGACGGUGGGGGAUAUGAAAAAGAAGGGCUAAUGAUAAGCGAAACAAAAGAAGUACCAUUUGAGUGUGCUGCACGGAGCAAACAUCACAUUAUGUUACCAAAAUCUAUCAACGUUUCAGCAGGGCGUUGGUACCUAGUCUGCGCGCGUAUUGCAGGCCCAUCAUCUGAUUGUGGUUCAUGUGGACAAGCUGCAGUCACAACUGAAGACCAAGUUGUCUUCUCAUUUAAAUCUUCGAAAAAAGCUAAUAACGGUACAGAUGUUAAUUCUGGUCAAAUACCAUCAAUACUAUACCGUUUGAUAACGCAAGAAACUAAGCAACCACCGACUUCAAUUGAUAUUGAUCCAGUACAAAAGAUCUCUAAAGCUUUUGCAAAUAGUGUAACCAAAGAAUGUUUCGAAAGCCUCGUAUUACUCCUUAAGUGGUCUUGGGAAACUUUUAAAACGAAUUUACGUGAACAACGUGACAAGGCUCGCUAUUUACAAGUAAAACAGUCACUAGAAUAUCUCAUUUAUGUCAACAAAUCCUGCUUGAGGUUGUUGCGUAAAUACACAAAUGAAAUCUAUCCACAAUGUUCUGGAUCAAGCAGUGCAGCUGUCAAUAAUAUCGCCAUUGCACUUAGCAAGCUGCAGUCAAAGUCUGGUAAAAGCAAUGAAGGAAAAGAUUCGAAAAGUUCAAAGUCAGUAACCAGCGCUGCAUCCACAGUAAUUGCUAAUAACGUUGCCAAAUAUUUUGGAGAAACUUCUGCUUCAGCAACAAUUAGUUCCCAAGCCACUCAUAAACCUAAUAUGGAGAACAUACAACUGGCAGAAUGCAUAGGACAUGUUCGCGCGUUACUUAUAGCUAUUUUUUGUGAUGAUAUUUUUAAAGACAUUUCCAGUGAUGAGGGUCUUGCCAUGGUUUUGGAAAUUUUAGAGGAGUGUCACAUUAGUUUUGUGGCUUGUUUUGAUGCAUUCUACCCAACUUCGUCAUUGAAAUGGAACUGUCUAUGUGGACUGUUAUCCCAAAUGGAUAAACAAGAGACGUUGCAUUCUCGUUUAUUAAGUGCGAUUCUUGCUGGCUUGUGUUCCCCAUCUGUAAAGCUGCGUUCUACGUUCUCACUGCUAAAUGGUGGCAAUGAGCGUCAAUCAAUAAUAAGUCCGAGCGAUAAUUCAGGAUUACCUAUGCUUUCUUCAACAGAAGCUCAUCAGUAUCCCAUUUUAGUUGAACAAAUGAUUUAUCGUACACAACAGGAAAAGAGUGAUUUUUUCAGUAACUCCUGGACAUUUAAAGACGUGCUUGUUCGGCUUUUGGAUAUUAUAUCAAAUCCUAUACGAAACAAAAUUGAAAGUAUAUACAGUCGGAAUGUGAAUUUGAAUAGCAUUGGAGUGAUAAAUAGUAAAUUAAUAAAUCAGGGUCUUGUUGAUAAUUGCUGUCAUUUAUUAGCGCGUGUAUUAGCCGAGAUUGUAUAUCAAACCUCAAUGUAUGAUUACGAUAAAAUGUUCCUGCCGCCGCGAUGCUUGCAUUCCACUGGCACACGGUUUGCACGCAUGGAAAGCAUGAGAACUUGGGCAACAGCUAAUUUUGGACCUGAAGCAAUAGCAUUUUCAGUUGACCGAUCAGGCAUUGCUGUUGCGGGUGCAUUGGUUUAUUCUGGUUCAGGUAGUUAUGAUUACCAACUUGAACUUUUAUAUGAUAACACAGUUGACCUGCAAUCACAACAUAAGUGGGAAACUUUAGAAUCUGUUUCUGGAUCUUUCGAUCAAGAAGCGGUUCACAAUGAUAUGGCGGAGAUAAAAUUUGAGCGACCUGUGCACGUGAAGGAAAACGCACGUUAUGCACUUCGUCUCUGCUUUCAAGGUGCACGCACAUGUUCCGGGGAUGAGGGAAUGCCUUCAAUACGUGGACCAUGCGGCACUACAUUUAAUUUUUAUACUUGCGAUUUAAGCUUUAAUGGUACAACUUUGCAACGUGGUCAGAUACCUUGCCUUUUGUACUAUAGUACACCAUUGAAAAGUGAUGCACCCAGUGGAUCCAAUACUGAUUUUUGCAAUGAUGUGAUCACACGAGACACUGCUUUGCAAAUUGCUUCAGACAUAACAAAAAAAUGUACCGAUUUACUUAUCUUGGCACGCAACUAUUUGGCUGCUUCAAUAUCUCCUUCAGAUAAUUCAUCAAAUCAUACACAAACCAUAGAUUCGGAACAUAAUAUUACGCCCAUAGAAGAACACAUGGAUAUUAAUUGGGCAAACAACUCCAGAACUUCAGCUAUACCGGUUGAUCCCAAUAUAUCAACUGCAAGGGAUAUAACGAAACGUAUUGAAUCAUUCUCGAAAGGCAUUAUGGAAACCUUGAAGUUCGAUAAACGCUCCACAAACCCAUUUGAAAUGGAAAUUGAAAUUGGCGCUACUGAAAUUCAUCCAAAGGAUCUAAUGAUCGAAGAAAGUCCUGGUGUGCAAGAUUUAAAUUUCCGCAAUGGUGAAAUAGCUAAACUAAACGGCAAUGAACGUGAUGAGGAUGAAGUAGCAGAAGACUUUGUUAAUGCACAGCAUUAUCAGGGAUUGAUGUGCAGGUCAAACUCUGAAGAGAUACCAGCACACUUAACUGUAGCACAGAUGCUCGAAGUUUUUAACAUGACAUCAUCAAGUAUGUUUCAUACACUUCUACCACUUGUUUAUGCCCACAUUGCUAAUUUAGCUAACAGAGAUCCAAAGAGUUCUGUACAAAUACUCGGCUUAAUUAAGGAAAUAUUGCCACAUAUAUCUGCGUUAAAUCAAUUAUUCGUAUCUAAAGAACAAGUGAAUCCAGCAAUCGGUACAGUGGCGCAGCGCAUACGUAAUGCAGCUGCAAUAGUUAUUGCAUCUGAAAAUAAGGAAUUAGAACUACGUAAAAAGCCUGAGUUAGAGUUAAAUCAACAGAUUGGCGAAAAAUUGGGAAUGGAUUCUAAUACGACUAGUAACCACUAUUGCGUUGUGGAAAGUGAGCAUCCUUAUCGCAGUGCUACCAUUAAUUGUUAUCGUGUUGAGUUUCCACCUUGUGUUCAGUGGCUAACAAUCGAAUUCGAUUCACAAUGCGGCACUGCUCAAUUGGAAGAUUACUUGUUGCUGUCGAUACCAAUGCGAUCGACUACCACUGAACCCUGUCAAAGUAAUGAAGAAUACUUUGAUAUGUUAGAUAAUAACAUGUCGUUACGCCGAACUGUUGAAUCUAAAAAUGCAGCUCUUAUAACGAGUUGUUACAAAAAUAGUGGCACCAAUUUGAAAGAAUCAACUGAAAAUUCGGACAAAGAUUGGAUAGUAGUUAAAAAAUUUAAUACUGCUGCAAAUUGGAUACAAAGUGUUAUCGUUUUGCCGGGAAAUUGUGUGGAGUUUUCUUUAGAAACUUCAUCUUUAUACGCACAGGAUCCACAUAUUAAUCGCUAUGGUUUUAAGUGUCUUGUGGUUGGUUAUGAUAAUCCUAUUUCUGUAAAUACUACUAACUCUUGCUUAAUUCGUUUGGAACAAGAGCUUGCUUAUUUAGGAGGUAUGUGUACUGCUAAUUUGAUGAAGAAAGAACUAAGUUUACCAGAUGACAAGGAUAACGCUGAUCACGUUAGUAUAGAAGAAACAUUAAAUGCACAUCAAACACUACUUUCGAAAGGAUUUGCACUAUCGGAACCGGUCUUGACUAUACAUCAAGCCUUGGAAUCUUCAUUGCCAAUAGGUUCACAAUCCAAUGAACGUCAAUUUUUGAAAGAUUUUAUAAGUGGCGCACCCGGUUCAUCUGGCAGUCGUUUAGCUGCAUGGUUGCAACCAGAAUCGCGUUUAGAUCCUAACAAGUGUGAAUUAAAUACGAUAACAGAGUCCUUGCGUUAUGGGUGGCCAACCCAGGUAACGGUUACCAUUCGGGAUCAGUACGGUGAUGCAGUUUUAGUACCAGAAUUAAAAGUUGAAAUCAAAGCAAUACCCACUGGAUCUAUAGGUAAUGGUAAUAUUAAAAUGCGUCGUGCUUCUUGCACAGAUAAUACUUCUUUUGGAGGUUUAGCACCACCACCUCGUUUUAAUUAUGAACCAACAAUUAAGGAAAAAAUGUGUUUCAAGGCCAUAACUUUUAUGAAGCCCUACAGUAAUUACUCCUUUGAAGAACUACGUUUCUGUAGUCCUAUACAGACCCGUAUAACAGAAACAUUGUACGCACAAGACAUGGAGGAUGGCACAUUCAGUGUACAUUGGACACCCAACUCUGUUGGUAGUUACUGUCUUACGGUAACAAUAGAUGGAAUUUUGUUAGAAGAAGUGUAUCGCGUUGAAGUUAAAGAAGGCGGUCUUCCUCCCCCUUCUCACAAACAUACCAUAAAAAAACCGCAGCCACCCAAUAAAUUACGAAAGUUUUUUUCUAAAAACACCGCUGGCUUGCGUAUACGUUCACAUCCUACUCUGCAGUCUGAGCAAGUGGGUAUCAUUGCUUUGAAUGGCGUCAUAUCUUUUAUUGAUGAAAUUGAGAAUGAUGAUGGUAUUUGGUUGCGUCUUUCAACUGAAUCGAUACGCCAGCAUUGUACUAUGGGUUGGUAUCCUACAGAAGCUUGGUGCUUGCAAUACAAUCAACAUUUGGGGAAAACUCUGCUUCAUCCCGUUAUCGAACAAAAUUCAACAACCAACUCUUCUUCAAACAGUAGUAGCGGUAGUAAUAAGUCACUUUCAAAACCACGUCAUAAAGCUUUAUUGGAUAAUAUUGAGUCACCUGUUUCUCCAGCGUUAUUGGACUCGCCAUCAAAGCCAAAAUCUACUUCGCCAAGUAAAAAAAUAUUUGACUUCUCACAUUCUCGAUUUACUCCACCAAAAUCUACAGAUAGCCAACCAUCCUCAACAAAUCCAUUUUUAUUUCCAAACCCUGACAGUCUGGAAAAAUCUGAGACUGAUUCCAGCAUGAAUGAAAGCGAUAUAAACAAAGUUUUCGAUUUGGAAAGUUCAUCUACUUGCAGUGAUCCGCAUUCACAAAUCCAGCAACAACAAAGUCAAAGCCACAGUGAGUCACAUGGCGAUCUUUUAUCUUUACAGGCCUUCCAAAGUACAAGUCCUUCUAAUAUUGGUUCAGCAAUAGCUGGAGUAGUUGGUGGUGGGGCAAGUAAACUGCAGGCUCUUCAGAAAUGGUUUAAAGGAGAUUCAGAAGGUGGAAGCAUUACUCAAGGAAGUACUAUAAGCAGUCCCAGUAGAGAGCAUUCAUCUAAACGUACCGAUGUGACUGAGAUUGCAUCAGUAUCGGUACGCGAAUUGGUUCGAGCUAUGGGAGGACAGGAGCUCCGCAGUAAUGGAAACAAUGGAUGCCAAAUAUCGCGUUCAAGUCCUGUCCAAAUACCACCGGUAAAUAAAAAUACUGAUUUAAUAAGCACUUCGACAAAAUCAAAUGAUGUACCGGAAAGCACUGCUAUAGUUACUACUGAUUCCAGCCCUACAUCGAAAAGUUUUAAUGAUGAAAUAACGGAAAUAACAGCACCAGGUUUUGAUAUUGCAAAUAUACGUAAAACUAAUUUUACACCAAGCCAAACAGCUGCAUUACUCUCUACUCCAAAGCAUACCCCUCGAAAAACUGUAGUGAAAAAUGCGAACUCCCAAUCAAUACCCAAUGCCUCUGCUGUUAAGGAAUCGGACUUAACACAGUUGGAAGAAGAAAUGAGCCUACUACAAAUAACAACAACAACUGGCACAGAUGGCACAACAACUGUACAAGAUCAGAUAACUUUUGGAGAUACCAAAAAUGCUAGUAUCACAGCUAGCACUGAUAAUUCAAGUCCGCCCAUUUGGCCAGCUUCGCUGAACACCAAUAAUUCAUUUCAACAAAAUGCUACCAAGCCUGUGACAAACAAGCGCACUACGAUAGGACCAAUAAAACGUGCAAUGCCUCCUUCGUUAGCUGAAAGUAUACGUGCGGUUUUCGCAGCAUUUCUUUGGCACGAAGGUAUUGUACACGAUGCAAUGGCAUGUGCAAGUUUUCUCAAAUUUCAUCCGUCAUUGCCAAAAGAGGGUGCCACUGUAGUGACAAGAAGAGACAAUUCUGACUCUAAAAUACAACUCUCACGUGAACAGAAAGCUCAACAAAGACACUCAGUAGAAGUUGCCAAUGCCGGUAACUACCUGAACAUACGUCCUUCAACACUAGAAACACUAACAAAGAGUGGAAACUCAUCUAUUAACAAUCGUAAAUAUCGGAAAAAUCUAACUAGUGAUUAUGGAGAAGGUUGUGAAAAGCAAAUGUUGCAUGCAUUACCAGAAAUAGUAACUGUUUUGCCACCAGCUUUACGUUGUCUAGUAUUUUUGUGGGAGCAGAUUUGUGCGAGUUGUGUACAGAUUGUUCAGUCUAACACAUUAGAACGCCAAAAAAUGAAUUCGCCUAAUCGGGAUGGAAAUAUGGAGGCUAAAGAAAAACUUGAAAUUGGCGAAAAGGAAACAAAGAAGAUCAAAAGAAAGAAGAAAGAAGACGGUUCAUGGUGUGAAAUUUGUGAAGUUUUCUUACCAAUUCCAGUAACAUACCAUAUGCGAAUCGUGCAUCCUGGUUGUGGAAAGUCAGCAAAAGGUAAAGGUUACAAUUCAGUAGGAAUAUUUUGCGAAGGUUGGGCAGGUAAUUGUGGGGAAGGCGGAAAGGGCGCAUCAAGUUGGUUUUUGAUGUGCGACAAUUGUCGUGAGAAAUAUGUUUCAACGAAUAAGAAUACAAAUAACGUAAACAACACACCCAAUGUUGGAGUUUCUGGUUUAGCUAGUGACAUCAAUAUAUUCGGUGUAAAGUCCACAACUCUUAUAGCAAACUCAGAAGUCUACACAACAAUGCGCGAAAAUGCUACCUUUCUUUUGGAACUAUCUUCAAGUGCAGCUUCUUUACCCAACAGUUUAGCAGCAAGUGGACCAAAUAACUUGCUUAGUUCUUCAAGUAAACGCUCUCCUCAACAGAUGCCUGUUGUUAUUGAGCAUCAACACUUUAACAUGUGCGAUUUGAAUAAGCCGAGUACGAGCCGGGGAGACUCGGCGAGGAACAAUCGCGUUAGUUUAAGAAUGGGUGCCAAAUUUUCAAACUCAACGCCUUUUCGUAAAAGUUUUAUAGGUGCAGCAACAUCACCUGAUCAAGCUUGGUUGCCACCUGAAACUUUCGCAUGUUUGGAGUCAUUAGCUGCAGUAAAUAAUGAGGAUUUACCAUAUGAAAUGUUUGGAGUAAACACAACCGAAGGUGCUUUCGAUAGGCCUCUCUCUGAAAUCUCAUAUGAAUCAUGCGAUCCAAGUAAUUAUGAGAUGAUGACCGGCUCUAUGACAACGCAGUCGGGUGCAACAUGUACAACUCAAUCGAAAUUUCAUCGCAGUUUUUCAAUGGGUCAAGGUUGGGCCAUAGCACAACAGCAGACUAACUUUAACCUCAAGGGGUAUUCGGGUGCAGUUGAUGAAAAUCAACAACCAAAAGUGGUAUUCAGACGUCGUAAUAAUUCUACAAGUGAAGGUGACGGGUCUCUACUUAUCUGCUAUCCUUCUGAAAAUUUACGAAGACUGGUCCCCGAAAAUCUUUUAACGACGUCUGUAAUGCAUGUAGCAGCACAACGUGUGGCAGCUGCUGCGAAUUUAACUGCUGGUGAUAGCAAUGAUGUUAAAUGUCAUAAUGCCAAUGACCAUCAAAGUAAUGAUGUCAACGUAAAAAAAGAUCAGAAGCAAAGCUUACCCACAGCGCCUUUAGAUGGAAAUGCUAAAGAUUUUGUGUUUCCCAGCAAUACGCUUUCGAAUGAUAAAGAACAACAUAGCCCGGCGGAAGGUGAGGUGUCAGCCCAAGUAAGUGUUUUACUUGGCAGGCCAGCAAUGGCUUUCAUCAUGCAAAAACAUGAUCUGGAAAAGCUGAAGUUUGCUAUGAAAAGAAGUUUGCGUAUUGCUACGUGUAGAAUUUAUUCACUUCAAGCACUUAACUGGUUAAUACGGUCAGUGACUCAGAGUGUGUGUUUGCAUGAUUUGAUGUGGUGGUUCGUGAGUUCGCUUAAUGUAUCAACCACUGAAAUGGUCGAUGGAAAAUAUGAUGAAUCUGAGCCUGCCUUAGAACAUCCUAUAUCCUAUACGCAAAUCAGUGGUAGACUUUCCCAUAUGAUCACACAGAGCUUACAUGUAUUUUUACAAUCUGUGGCUGAUUUAACUUUGUAUUUACCAAUGGGGUCACCACUGCAACGUAUCGCUAUACAGUGUUUCGGAAUACGUUUCAGGCAGACAGACCAUCAAUUCUUACACAGCUCUCAUGUAUUUGGAAAUAUAUCGAAAAUUCUGUCUAAAUCUGAUGAACAAAAUGAUGCACUUGCAGUUUCAACUAUGGCAACUGGUGGUGACGGCACUAUAGGUCAUGACACUGAACAUAAUCUUCAGUGUGUAGGGAGCAAUAAUGGCACCACAGGAAGUGCUGGUGCAAAAAUAGUUCAAUAUACUGAUCUUAAUGGCGUGUUUGAAAUUACAGUCUCAUCUCGUCAAGCUAUGGCAGAAUCGCUAACAGAUAACUCGACAGAAACAUUUUGGGAAAGCGACGAAGAAGACCGAAAUAAGUGUAAAAUAAUUGAAAUAUCGAUGAACAAGUUUACUUAUGCUUGUAAAAUGGUAUUGGUGCAUAUUGAUAACAGUCGAGAUAUACAAAACAAAGUGCUUAAUGUUGUAUUCUAUGCUGGCCAAUCACUGGGCGACACAAACCUUAUUAAAUCUGUCGAUGUAGAUCAAAAAGCAUGUGCUUGGAUUUCGGCUAAAAUAUCCGAUGAUAGCUAUACGCAUUUUAGGUUGGAGUUCCAUGGACCAGAAAACACAUUAAGAGUGCGGCAAAUAAAACUGUUGGGGUUACCAAUUGCAAUGAAUAGUAUUGACGAAGAGUUGGGUAAAGACUACUUUGGUGUGAAUAGUUCAGCAAAUACUGCUCACGUGCAUUCUUUGAAAUCAAAUCUAAAAUUAGCAAAUGCUACACGCAUACAGCAGCAAAUAUGUGAAGCGGAAACAUUACGUGUUUUCCGCUUGAUUACAGGUCAAGUCUUUGGAAAGCUCAUAAGCACUGCUGCCAUCGACGUUAAUAAGUUAGAUGAAAGUCGGCAACAAUCUGUGCUUGGCAUGGAUAGCAGUGGUAAUUCAAUUCUUGCAGAUUCUUUAGAUUUACGUGAACAUAUGGUGGGAAUUCUUUUCUCCCGAAGCAAACUGUCACACCUGCAGAAGCAAGUUAUAGUACAUAUUGUACACGCUAUAAGAAAAGAGGCGCAACGAGCAAAAGAAGAUUGGGAAAUUGUGAACUUAGCCAAUAGUUUUAAAGACACCCAAAUUAAUACAGCUUCUGCAACAUCUAAUGGUGAAUCCAAAAGUGAAAGUAGCUCGGAACGUUACCGCGCCCCAGAUACUUACUGUUUUGAAAUGCUUAGUAUGGUCCUCGCAUUAUCGGGCAGUGUCGUAGGACGUUCUUAUUUAUCAUAUCAGCAUGGGCUACUAAAGGAUCUGCUCAGUUUAUUGCACACUGGUAGCGACCGUGUGCAAAGACAAGUUACAGCACUACUACGUCGUAUAUUACCAGAAAUAUCACCAGAUAGCUUUGCAGAAAUACUAGGUGUGCAACGGUUACCACCCACAGAUUACAAUAUUGUGCAUCAAAGUUCAUUAGAUUUCGACAUGAAUCGCUUAGGAUUAUUAGAUAUAUUUUUAUCUGUAAUUGCAAAAUCAUUACAAUUACAAGUCAAAGUAAAGACUACUACAGCAAAAUCUAAUCUUGAAAAGACACCCUCUUUUAUACGUUUGUGUAACUCUUUGGAUUUGUCUGUUCAUCUCUUAAAGCAAACUUCAAAAUCUGGAACUGAUGAAAUCAAUUUAGCGUCAACUGACACACGUGAUUAUUUAAGAGCUCAUCCAUUUCGUUUUGAUCACACUACUACAACAAACAUAGGACAGCAAUCAGAUACUGCUGAUUUUAGUUACAAUCGUUUUAAUCUCAAAAAUUCACGAAAAGAACCAAAAAAAAAUUUAAAUCAACGUUGGUUUUUAAAUGGGGUCAUAUCUACCAAGCAAGCGGAGAGUAUUAUAAACUUGAUAAGGGAUUUGGUUAGUGGUAAGCUAAGUGAAAAAUGGUCACAAAUUACGAAAGCAGCUAUUGCGGAAUCUGUUCUGAACUUAACUCGCUUAGAUGAGGUAUUCCGAAGCCCGGAGAAUGGUAUCAAGACAGCCACACUUUGGCUGGCCCUUGCAAGUUUGUGUGUACUGGAUCGAGAUCAUGUGGAAAAGCUUUCCUCUGGACAGUGGUCUAAAGUUUCAGAUACUAGACCAAUGUGCAACAACCAUGAUGAUGGUGAAACAUCUGCUAUUAUACAAUGCGAGACUUGUGGCUCGCUCUGUGGCGACUGCGAUAGAUUUUUACAUUUGAACCGCAAGACACGCACUCAUAAGAGAACCGUAUGUAAAGAAGAGGAAGAAGCAAUUCGUGUGGAAUUGCAUGAAUCUUGCGGCCGCACCAAAUUAUUUUGGCUAUUGGCAUUAGCGGACUCAAAAACUCUCAAGGCAAUGGUGGAAUUUAGAGAUGGUAGUCAUACAAUUAUAUCUGGACCACAAGAAGCUGUAGGGCGUUGUCGAUUUUGUGGUGUUAGAGGAAAUUCUGGUUUGUUGGCAUAUGGUAAUGUAUGCGCCGAUGCACAGUGUCAAGAAUAUGCGAGUAGCUCAUGCAUGAAAACGAAACCUUGUGGACAUGCUUGUGGCGGAAUUAAAAAUGAGAAGAAAUGCCUGCCCUGCUUACAGCAUGUCUGCCACGCAGAAGAAAAUCGAAUUGCUGAGGAGUUGCAGGAACCCAAACUAACGCAGGAUGCAGACGAUAUGUGCAUGAUAUGUUUUGUAGAAGCAUUGUCUUGUGCACCAUCAAUACACCUCGAUUGUGGUCAUGUGUUUCACUUUCACUGCUGCAAGGCGGUGCUCGAAAAACGUUGGUCAGGUUCACGAAUUACUUUCGGUUUUUCACUUUGUCCUAUUUGCAAAGCGGAUAUUCAGCAUACACUUUUGGCGGAUAUACUAGCACCAAUUAAUGCAUUAAAGCAGGAUGUGAAGCGCAAAGCAAUUAUGCGACUUAAAUAUGAAGGCGUUGUUAAAGAAACCGAUUCCAAAGAUGUAACCAAUCUGGCCAUGGAUCGGUAUGCUUAUUAUGUUUGUUUCAAAUGUCAAAAGGCUUAUUAUGGUGGCGAAGCGCGCUGCGAUGUAGAAGUGGGUGAAAAGUUCAAUCCUGAGGAACUUGUGUGUGGUGGCUGUUCGGAUGUUGCACGCGCACAGAUGUGCCUCAAGCAUGGUACAGACUUCUUGGAGUAUAAAUGUCGUUAUUGCUGUUCGGUGGCGGUAUUUUUUUGUUUUGGCACAACGCACUUCUGCGAUACUUGUCAUGAUGAUUUUCAACGAUUAACGAACAUACCCAAAAAUAAGUUACCACAGUGUCCAGCUGGACCAAAGGCAAAACAACUUUUAGGCGAUGAAUGUCCUUUGCACGUUAUACAUCCACCUACUGGUGAAGAAUUCGCAUUAGGAUGUGGUGUGUGCCGUAACGCCCAAACAUUUUAGCAUGAUGCUUACUACCUUGAUGUAGACGAGUUGGUGGAAGUAAAACUAUUCAAUUUAGAUAACGAGAAGUGUCUACGAUAUAGUUAUACUGAUAACGAAAGUUGUUAGAUUGCAAGAAAGAAAAUUAAAGCAAAUCUAUUGUCACUGAUGCUGGUGGUGAACUAUUUACUUUUUAUUUUUAAUGUACUUACAUCAUAUAUAUGUGUCUAUGUCUUCUAAAUACUCGUAGAAUACUCACAGUUUUUAUCAAAUACUCAAUAGAAAAAUAUUCCUAUUGCAAUAUUUACCUAAUCAAACUCAUCAAUAACAAGUUUUAGUUAUAGUACGUUUUCACUUAUACAUUUAAAUAAUUAAUAAAAAUAAUUUAAGUACUUUAAG